AGACGAGAAGGCAAUGCUUUAGAUUCUUGGAAUUGAGAACAGAGAGAGGAUCGAGGAAAAGGGUGAGAUCUUGAUGCGUAUCCUCGAUAGGAAUUCUCCAGGAUUUGAUCUGCUGGGGUUCCACCGACGAGAGUCGGCGUCGCCGCUUUGUAUGCCCUCCUCGCCCUUCGCGUGGCCCCUGCCUCAUCUGAAGAACUCAACCGAGAGGACGAGCAGACAUCUUCCUCCUCCUCCUACGCAUAUUAGGGCCGAUGGAAAGUAAGAACACUUCUUCGUCCUCCGCUUCCUCCUCCACGUCGUCCGUCGACGAGUUUGUCGGGCGGAAGAAUGCGAAGCCCUCGGCGACGACGUCAUCAUCCUCCUCCUUCCGCCCUGGAUAUUUCAGCACCGUCAUCCCUCCCCCAUCGGCGGUGAUCGCCAAGGAUUUGUCGCAUUCCGAUCUGUGCUGGACUCUGAACAAGCAGAGAGGCGAAGGUCGCAUCGCAAGUGCUCGCUGCGCAAAUGCAGCUGGAAGUCAAUCUCAUGGAAGCCCAAGUAGAAGGCAAAUCACACAGAACAAAGAAGGGAAACCAGUCUAUCCCAAUGAGUCAAUAGAGUCACCCUGUUUCGGCUCAUCGGUGCAUUACGGUGCCAGGGAUUUCUACACGAGCUCUUCAUCCACUCACACCUCUGGAACUUGGAAAAAUUUUAUCACUGAUGAAGGAAAUUACUUGGGUAAUCCACAUGCUGCUGACAGAGGGGAAUGGUGGCAAGGUUCGCUUUACUAUUGAAGUUUCGAGAUCGAUACGCCGUCGUAUAGAGAAAGGGUGUCCGAGUAGCCGAUCGGUACGGUAUCGGAUUAUGAAGUGGAGCCUUGUUUUAUUUUCUUCCCCACUUUGUAAUUGGUAGGGUAGGAAAACUGUUCCUUCAUAUUACCAGUGAAGGAAGAGCAGACUCCUUUAUAUCGUGGCUGUGUUACUUGAGUUUUGACUCCAUUUUGAGUUCUGAUGUGUGUGCUGCAAACUGUAUCAGGUCUGCACCUCCUCCCUGUCACCUAAGAGGCUUGCUUCUCUUUAGUGUUAUGAAGUAACACUCAUACGAUUGAUAGGAUGAUACGUUUUUUUA